AUGCUAUCUUCUGUUUACCUGGGUAGUUUAUAUUUUGAAACACCAACUUAUCAUCAGGUGAAGGUUGUGCAUAUCUGUGAAGCAACAUUGGCCAAGCGGUUGAUCGAAUUCGAGAAUACACAAUCAGGGAGCUUAACUAUUGAGGAGUUCAACAAGAAGGCAGAGGAGUUUGAAAGAGAAGAAAGAUCAAUCAAACAACCAAAUAUUGGGUUGGAAGCAGUAGGGACAAGUGAACUGCUUUGUGGACAUAAAAGUGGAGAGCUUCCUUUUGCACAUGGAUUGUGUAAAAAUUGUUAUUAUGAUUUCAUUAAAAUUUCAGGAGGGCUCGAGGGAGGAUCAGAACCUCCAGCUUUCCAGCGUGCUGAGAGGGAAAGAACAAUGAGAAAAGAAGAUGUUUCUCAGAAUGCUGAUGAUUCGAGUUUUGUUACAUCUGCCUGCCAAAACAACAGUAAACAUUUAAAUGUACCGACUGAUGGCAAUUUUAACUUUUUUCUUUUCACGUAG